AUGACGAGCGAUCGCGGUGAAGAGAAGACGUUCGCGACGACGUCCGCGACGACCUCGUGCGCGCUCGCGCGGGCGAACGAUGCAUCGUCGUCGUCGUCGUUCGGCUCCUUGGUGCGCGUCAUCGGUCGAUGGCGACCGCUCAAGACGCCCAGGGUGACGAUGAGCGUGUUCUUAUACGUGUUGGGGAUGUACGUCGCGUUUUACGCGCGAGCACCGGUGGAGAUCACGCCGCGCAUGCGGGCUCGGUACGACGCCGCGCUCUCGGCGAUGGACGAGGAGUUGGGCGCGACUUUGCGAGAGGCGGAGGGUGAUUACCGAAACGCUGAGCUCGCAUUACGUGCCGCGACGCCGUUCGGUUGGCGAUUCUCCGCGACGGUGACGCACAGAGCGAGGGUUGACGCCGCGCGACGGAGACGAAACUCGGCGGAGCGGAAAUUGGCCGAAAUCGAAAAGAAGCGGACCGAGGCCAUGCGCGCGGCGAGAUCAGAGCUUGGAUUGUGGUCAGAGUUGGGCGUUGGCGACGCGAAAGCGCUCUUCAAGCGAUCAUACGAGAGAGGUAAAAUUUUCGCCACGCGACACACGUUCUGGGAUGGAUUAUCGCUCAUCUUACGGAGCAAGAGCGACGAGUCUCUCAUCUCAUUUUUUCUACGAUGGCUCAUGAUUGCGCUCUCGAAUUUCACGUUGGGUAUGUUCACCGCGAUAUUUUCGUACGCCAUCGCGCUGCCGGGACUGAUUCGUUCAUUUAGCACCUCUAUUUGGUCGGCGUUUGCGUUUUAUUUCGUCGCCGUCGUCGCCGCCGUGUCGGUCGUCGUCAGUAUUUUACUCGCGAUGUACUCAGCCGCCGCGGGUGGGACAUACGCGCUCGUCAAGUAUGCGGGACCGGCGCUCGCGCGUCUUGAUGCGGCCGAAGAACGUCGGCGCGCGCGAAUCGGACAACGGUCGCACUACGACCGGACGAGGAUGCACCGGGCGCAUCAAGACUGA